AUGGAACGUAUUCCCUCUUGGAUUUCUGCUUUUGCUUUCUUGUUUGUUUUGGCAUUAUGUAGCUUGUCAGGGGUUUAUGGGAAUUCUGAAGGUGAUGCUUUGUACGCCUUUAAGAAACAAUUGACUGAUCGCAACAAUGUUCUGCAAAGUUGGGAUCCAACCCUCGUCAAUCCGUGUACAUGGUUUCAUGUUACUUGCAACAGUGAAAACAGUGUUACUCGAGUUGAUCUUGGACAUGCGAACUUGAGCGGUCAACUAGUUUCACAGCUUGGUCAGCUUUCCAAUUUAAAGUACUUGCAGCUUUAUGGUAAUAACAUCAACGGAGUAAUUCCUGAUUCGCUUGGGAACUUAAAGAACUUGGUGAGCUUGGAUCUUUACAUGAAUCGGUUAUCAGGUCACAUUCCAAAAUCAUUGGGCAAGCUUCACAAACUUUGCUUCCUCCGUCUCAACAACAACGCUUUGACAGGAACUAUUCCAUAUUCAUUAACUUCCAUAACCACACUAAAAGUUCUUGAUCUAUCAAACAACCGUUUAAGAGGAUAUGUUCCUACCAACGGCUCCUUUUCACAGUUCACAGCUGUCAGUUUUGCCCAUAAUCCGAAGUUGAUAUAUCCUGCCGUUCCACAAGCUUCGGGUCCAACUCCACCAAAGGCAUAA